UCAAACUCGUUUCACUAGUUUAUCGGUAGCUUAUAAGAUCCACUAUUAUCGUUCUCUCUCGUCGAUUCAUCAUGGGUGUCCUCGAUAUCGUUCCCGCUGGUGUCCUUACUGGAGAUAACGUUCGCAAAUUGUUCGAUUACGCCAAGGAGAACAAGUUUGCCAUUCCCGCUAUAAACGUCACUUCAUCGUCCACCGCUAACGCCGUCUUGGAAGCCGCAAGAGACAUCAAGGCUCCGAUCAUCCUCCAGGUCUCUCAGGGUGGAAGCGCCUACUUCGCCGGGAAAGGUCUUUCAAAUGACAACCAACAAGCUUCCAUUCUGGGAGCUAUUGCUGCUGCUCACCACGUUCGCACAGUUGCGAAGGCCUACGGCGUGCCCGUCGUUCUUCACAGCGACCACUGUGCCCACAAGCUUUUGCAAUGGUUUGAUGGCAUGCUUGCUGCCGAUGAGGCAUAUUUCAAGGAGCACCAAGAGCCCCUUUUCUCUUCACACAUGCUUGACUUGUCUGAGGAACCAAAAGAGCAGAACAUUGCAACUUGCGUCAAGUACUUCAAGCGCAUGGCUCCUCUUGGUAUCUGGCUAGAGAUGGAGAUCGGUAUUACCGGUGGUGAAGAGGAUGGUGUUGACAACACUGGUGUCGACAACGCAUCCCUCUACACGCAACCUGAGGACAUCUACGAUGUCCACGCUGCUUUGAGUGCUAUUAGCCCCAACUUCAGCAUUGCCGCUGCGUUCGGUAACGUGCACGGUGUCUACAAGCCUGGAAACGUCAGACUCCAGCCUGAAUUGCUUGGCAAGCACCAAGCUUUCAGCAGCCAAAAACUCGGUGGCAAGUCCGAGAAGCCUCUCUACCUCGUGUUCCACGGUGGUUCUGGGUCAACCAAGGAGGAAAUCAAGACUGCAGUUGACCAUGGCGUCGUCAAAAUGAACGUUGAUACUGACACGCAGUUUGCUUACCUCGCUGGUAUCAGGGAUUUCGUUACCAAGAAAAAAGAUUACCUGCUCACUCAAGUUGGUAACCCUGAGGGCGCAGACAAACCUAACAAGAAGUUCUAUGACCCCCGUGUCUGGGUUCGUGAGGGCGAGAAAACGCUCUCGGCACGGGUCAAGGAGGCCUGCAGUGACCUCGGCAACGUUAACCGCCUGUAAAGAAAACGCCUGUAUAGCAUAGAAAUAAAUGGUCAAGAUUUGUAGUAGUUCUGUAAAUGCCAAGAUAAUUAUGACGCCUGAAAGUGCAACCUUGCUAUUAA